AUGGAAGAUAGAGAUUCCGCAGAGCCCGCUGCGAUAGAUGACUUUGGCCUUGGUUUCAUGUCUCGAGAAAGCGGUCUGGGACUUGGAACUGUCCCUUCCAUCUUGACUGACUAUCAAGUGCACGAGGAGGUAUACACGCCAACGACACUGUCUCCUUGCUUCCCCAUGCCAAAAUCACAAACAUUCACCAACAAGACCACUCUGCAACAUGUCAAGCAACAAAAGCGAACCAAAACAUCCCUAUCUGCUGGCCUAUCUAGUCGACUGGCCAAAAGUUUCAUUUUCUUCACAGACAACAAGCAUUUCAAACUAUCGAAACGUGUCGUUGAAUAUCUAGGGAAAUUCCUGCUUAAUCACGCAAAAGUUACGAAACUGGCUCCUGUACAAGUCAUCAUGAGAGGUUCUGGAGGAGGCUACUUUGCUCCAAAGGGUAGCUCGCCACCACGAGCUGGCGCUUUUGGACCUAGGAAAAUUGAAGAUACUGCCUCACCAUCAGGAUUCCGAAAACUGUAUGAUCGUGGUGACUUCCCAAUUUCUGUUGGACAUGAUUCCAGCAAGAAUAAGAUAAACUGGAAGGUCGACAUCGAAAAGCUGGACUACCACCACUACCUCCCACUCUUCUUUUCCGGCCUGUGUGAAACAGAAGAGCCAUACGCCUUCUUGGCUAGACAAGGAAUCCACGACUUGUUGGAUAAAGGUGGUUCCAAGAUCCUUCCUGUAGUUCCUCAACUCAUCAUCCCCAUCAAGAAGGCCUUAAACACCAGAAACAUCCAAGUCAUCACCACAACCCUCAAAGUCCUCCAGCACUUGGUUGAAUCAGCUGAAAUGGUUGGCGAAGCAUUGGUACCUUACUACCGUCAAAUCCUACCUGUAUUCAACUUGUUCAAGAACAAGAAUGUCAACUUGGGAGAUGGCAUCUACUAUUCUCAACAACGACGUGAAAACAUUGGUGACUUGAUUCAAGAAACCUUGGAAAAGUUUGAAAUGACUGGUGGAGAAGAUGCCUUCAUCAACAUCAAGUAUAUGGUACCAACGUAUGAGUCAGUUUUAUCUCGUGUUUAA